CUCGUCUCCCGCCCGGCCGUCCGCAUGGGGGGCGGAGGGUCGGCCCUGAGGGUCUGCGCCGACCACCGCGGGGGCAUCAACUGGCUCAGCCUGAGCCCGGACGGGCAGCGCCUGCUGACGGGCAGCGAGGACGGCACGGCCCGGCUCUGGAGCACCGCGGACGGCCAGUGCUGCGCACUCCUGCAAGGGCACGAGAGCUAUGUGACCUUCUGCCAGCUGGAGGACGAAGCUGCCUUCACAUGCAGCGCUGACCACACCAUCAGGAAGUGGGACGUGCGCACUGGACAGUGUCUGCAGGUCUUCCGAGGACACACGUCCAUCGUGAACAGGUCGGUGUGGCCGGGGCCCCAGGGGACAGAGGUGUAGGCUGUGCAGCCCCUGCCCCUGGAGGAACUUAGCUUCUCUGGGGAAGCCUACCUGCAGAUGCGUGUGUUUUAGGCACGACAAGGGCUGACUGCCCGGGGUUGCACUGGGGGGUUCGGGAGGCAAAGGUUGGGGAACGGAGGCGCCACCAACACAUUGAUUGUGCCCGGACCCCGGCAGCGCACUGCCCACUGCUAGGCACCGGGAAAGGCAAUGGAGGCCUCAGCUCCUGCUGAUGGCAACAAAUUCCAGAGAAGGUGGUCUAACUGGUACCUGAUGGUCGGCCCAGGGGGGAUUGUUCUGAAGACGAGUCCAGAGUAUUUGUAAACCUCACCUUUCCAUGUUGUUCUUGAAAUAACCCACCCCCGCCUUCUCAAGGGGGUUUGAAUUUUUCCUUUCCUUAUUGGAUUCGGGUCUGAGCUGGGCCAUGAAAAUUCCUUUGCUGAUCAGAUCAAUUUGACACUAUUUAUGUAACUUGUGGAGGCCGACUUAAACUCCUGAGGGAGUGUCCAGUAUGACCAGGAGUCUGGGCACCUGCCCGC